UUGGUGCCGUCGUUCCUACGCCACGAAUGACAUUAUGGCUGAGAAGUAAUAAAAAGAAAGAAAGCACUAGAAGAAAACUUUGGGAACUAACUAAUCUCCCAUAAAUUGGGAAACUUCCCCUCAUUUCAUAUGACUUUCUUUUUAAUCAAAUUUAGUUUACGGCGGGACUGAUAAAAGGGUGAGAGAGGGAUGGUAACCUCGAGACAGGGACUUCCUUCAUGGAUAAACGCCGCAGCAGCGACCAGAGUCGAUUUUGAAGGAAACGUUGAGGAUGUGUUAAAAGACGUCCACGACGAUUCUACUAGCCAAAAGUCAAAACCUGUAACCGACGUUGAUUUGAGCUUUGGAGAGAGGGCUUUCUCUGCCGCCGGUGCCGCUUUUCUUUCCGCCGUCAUCGUUAAUCCUCUCGAUGUCGCCAAGACAAGGUUGCAAGCCCAGGCCGCUGGAGUUCCUUACAAGACAUGCUUGGAAACUAACACGAUGUUUCCAGAAUUGAGAAGUUCUCAAUCAUGUGCACGUUCAGUUCUUGGCUCUGAACCAGUAUGCUCUCCUGAAUGUAAUCGGUACAAAGGAACCCUUGAUGUUUUCUACAAAGUCAUUCGUCAGGAAGGGUUUGCCAGAUUGUGGAGAGGAACAAAUGCAAGUUUAGCAUUGGCUGUGCCUACUGUUGGCAUCUACAUGCCUUGCUAUGACAUUUUCCGCAAUGCUAUGGAAGAAUUUACAACUAAUAAUGCUCCAAUCUUGACCCCAUAUGUCCCAUUAGUUGCAGGCAUGGUUGCACGUUCUUUAGCUUGUGUGACUUGUUAUCCUGUUGAACUGGCAAGGACCCGCAUGCAGGCAUUUAAAGAAACUCAAAGUGUUGUGAAGCCUGCAGGAGUGUGGAAGACAUUAGUUGGAGUCAUCAACCCUGUGACAAGCACAAAUUACAUUCAAAACUUACAAAACUACCGCAUCUUAUGGACUGGCCUUAGUACACAACUUGCUCGUGAUGUUCCUUUCUCUGCAAUCUGUUGGUCAACACUUGAGCCGAUCAGGAGAAAAUUGCUUGUGUCUAAGGGUGAUGAAGCUGGUGCGUGUAGCAUCCUUGGGGCUAAUUUUGCUUCUGGUUUUGUGGCAGGAAGCAUUGCGGCAGCUGUUACCUGUCCCCUAGAUGUUGUAAAGACCCGGCGGCAGAUAGAGAAAGAGCCUGCCAAGGCAUUAAAGAUGACUACAAGGCAAACUUUGCAGGAAAUAUGGAGGGAUGGAGGGAUAAAGGGUCUGUUUACUGGACUUGGUCCUCGUGUUGGUCGUGCUGGUCCUUCUGUGGGGAUCGUUGUUUCCUUUUAUGAAGUUGUCAAGUACGCUUUACAUCACAGACACGAAGAUCAUUAGUAAAGACUUGGAUUUGUGCCAGCUAUUGUUGAUAUGAUAUUCCAAGUAUAGUCACCUGACUCGAUGAUGUAAAGAAAAGAAUAACACACAUGUUGUCCGCUGACCAAAAAUCCAUCACGUUGCUUCAAAGAACUUUUGGCGAAGCUUUUUAGUGGAUAUCCAUGCUCAAGACUCCAACAUUUAGACAAUAAUUCCAGUGCCUGGAAAUGCCAGGCUGUAUCUUUCCUAUUCUUUUUCUUAUAAUGGAAGCCCGAUUCAAUGUUAUGAGUUGCAACAGAAAUACAGAAAGGUUUUUUUUUUU